CACCAAAACCACAACCAGGAAGUGGUCAAUAAAUAGGGAUUAACUGAUAAUCACAUGAAUAACAAAUGCAUUUUAAUCCUUUUUAACCUUUAAUCCCUUUUUACUGACGAAACUCUUUUUGAAAGCUGUGAAGCAUUUGAACGAUUGGAUUGACUGCAGGUUUAGAAGAGCGCCAGACGUCACACAAUUCACAUCUCAAUCACUUUUUGUUUCAAAAGUUUUAUUAUGUUUUGAAUCUUUACUUUUUUAACAACUUUUUGGAAAUUUUAAGAUUUACUAAUCAAACCAUUAAUACAGACAAUCACUUGAUUUGAUCACAACAUAUGACACAAGAGAUGACUCAAACGAAGACAUCACUGGUUAUCGCAGAUGACGGCGAAGUUGUAAUCAAAAUACAGCGACGGAUUUACGCGAAGAACUCUUUCGAUCGUUUCGGUGAUGACAUGUGUGGACUCAUAUUGUCGUACCUCUCGUUGCGCGAGCGAUCUGUUUGUGAAUUUGUGUCCAAACAGUUCCAGAGGACUGUUUUCAAGAGUGUUGUUGACAUAACUAUUGACGACAAAUAUAUGAAAACCAGAGCUUCUAUGAAAAUGUUGGCCACAAUUGGACGCAAGUGUCCACACAUUCAUACCAUUGACUGCAGAGGAAUAAGCAACAGAUAUACGAAGCAAUUGGUGGUAGUGCUGCCCAUAUUUCGGGACAAUUGUCCGCAUUUGCGGCACAUUUACUGUAAUUUAAAUGAAUAUACGGAUGAAUUGAUGCCAGAGUUCGGACAACUGGUCACAAGAAUUGGUAAUAUUUGUCCGAAUAGUAAUCAACAGCUCUUCCAUUGCCACCGAUUAUCUCGACUUAAUGUUUGCGGCAUUUCUACUGUCUUUGACUACACGACAAGAGAACUGUUGGUCAAAAAUCUACAGAGAUUUGAGUAUUCUUACGAUCGUAGAGAUAAUAACCAACUGUUGUCCGCAUUCGUGGCCGGGAAUCUGUCCUUAAGAAGUGUUAAACUCAUUGAUAAUAGAUAUGAUUCUUACGAGAGUUGGACCGAAUUGGGCGAACAGUUGACACGAUUACCACAAUUACGGGAAUUGGCACUCAUUUUAAGGCCUCACUACUCAUUGGACGUGUUUUUGCGGCCAAUCGGCCAGAAGUGCCCGCAAUUGAAACGAUUGUCACUUGAGUUGGGGUCGAAGAAUACCCUUCGGCUUUGUCACAACUCAUUUGAUUCGUUGGGAUGUUAUCGCAGAUUAAAACGUUUGGAUUUGACUAUUAAUGUGGUUAUGAGUGAUGUAUUUCUGGAUCGAUUGAAACUCUGCCACCGAUUAACCCAUUUAUCGCUCAAUUCGCGUCAAAUUAAUAACAAUUUGUUUGUCAAUUGUGACAAACAUUGGCCACGACUUCAAUGCUUAUCCAUUCAAAGAACUUCUAUUACAAGCAGUUGUUUGGAUCACAUCUCAAGAUUACCAGCGCUGCAAACAGUGGAGUUUGAUUGCGACCGACUAUUCAGUGGAAUUUUGGUAAAUCGCAAACAUAUUGGCAGUCAUUUCAUGAACAAUGUCUGCGAAGACCUGUUGACCAGAAGUGCUAAACUCAAGUCCAUUGAAAUCCGUAGAAAUGCAUACAGCGAGACUUGGGCUGACACGUGGAUCAGAUAA